CGCUACUACUUGCCCCCUUUGCGCAAGGGGAAAUGAAACGAGGGAUCAUCUGCUGCUGUCUUGUGAGUAUAGCCUACAAGUAUGGAGGGAGGUGUUCAUCAGGUGCACGGCUCUGUCGACCAUGUUUACAACUUGGUCGGAGCUCUUGUCUUGGAUUAGAGCGGCAGGAUCAAAGGAGUUGAAGCUACUGCGUAAAGUGGCUACACAAGCCUUCGUUUUUCACAUUUGGAAACAAAGAAAUAAUCUGGUCCAUAAUCAGUUAUCCAUUCCUUCUUCAUCAGUUUUCGCUGGACUGGAUAGGGAAGUGCGAAACAUUAUUUCUGCCAAGAGGAAGCGUAAAAUGUUUAGUAAUCUCAUGUCUCUUUGGUUGAGAUAGCUCUAUCAUGUUAGGGUGUUUAUUUGAUCCAUCUUGUUUUUUCUUUCUUUUUGCCAAGAUGGCUCAGACAUAAGAUUUCCUUGUAGAAUCUUUCCUUCAUUUUAUGAAAUUUACAUUUUAGCAAAAAAAUAAUUGAAUUGAGACUCCAAUAAAUCACUGCAGAUCACGUAAACAAGAGAUGGGCUAUUUGGCAACCAAAUACACUAAGAUAUAGAGUUCAUGCGGUAUGGUUUUCUCAUGUAUUUUUUUGGUAAACAAUGGAUUUCUUAUGUUGUUAUCUCAUUUGAUGUUAUGCCACUUUACCAAAAAAGAAAUAAAGAAAAAUGUUUAUCAACAUAUGAUGUUAUGCCACUUUACCAAAAAAAAAAGAAAGAAAAAUGUUUAUCAAUAAGUCAUUGAAGACUUUAACAACAAUAAAAAGUCAUUGACCUUUAUUAUUAUUUUGUUUCAAUCUAAAAAGUCUUCAUUGGAAUUUUAUAUGGUCAACGUUAUUUCAUGGGAUGUUUGCGGUCGUAGCAACUACGUAAGGCUUGAUAUGUGGCCUGUGAGGGCCGUCCUUAGGUGGAUAUUGGGCGAACCUAUGUUUUGAAAAUUUCGUAGAAACAACGGGAAUAGUUUGGGACCAUAGCUUUUUAGAGGGUUUUUUGUCAUACAAAAUUACAAAUUGAACAAAGGAAGAAGGGAAAAACAUAAUAAUGAAGAUUCGGAAUCUAAGGAAAGGAUAUAACUCUUGAACCACAAAGCUGGUGGUCCAUUACUUUUUUGGCAAUCUCAGCCAUUUGUACACCCACCUUCCAUUACCAUACCCAAUCGCUUCGAUGCAGGAUUCUUGAGAUUCUCAUCUGUCUGUGACUGUGACUGUGACUGUGACCAAACAACAAACACGUUAGUAAUCAUUAUUUUCUCUUACUCAAAUAUACUUGAAUACUCCUGUUUCAAUAUGAUAUAUAUUGGAGACCAGCUACUCCGAAUGUAUCACGGGAAAAGAUCCCGACAUCCAAGGAAACAAAGUGAAUAUCCCAUUCUCGUGGUCAAUACAAACGGUUGAGAACGUUCAACAAUUCUCAUGGUCUCGUUUUCGUUCUAGCGGAAUGCGUCGUGGACAUAGGUCGAGCAAAAUUAGAUUAGAACAGUUAGAAUUGGGUUAUUUUAUACAAGUUGGUUUGUAAUUUGAAUUCUUAUUCCCGAUUAAUGAGUUGAUUUAUAAAAUAUUUAUUUAAAAAAAUAUAUAUAUGAUGCAUAUUUUAAAACUUUUCACACAUGUUAAUAAAAUGUGUAAUAAAUACUUAGUUUUUUGUGAUUAUUUUUUUCCCUAUAAUUAUAAACUAAUAAAAAUUCAGUAAAUACAAUUAAGUUUUUUGAAAUUUGAAAUUGAUCAUUAUUAGUUGAUAAAGCAUUGAUUGAAAAUACAAAAAAAUCUUUUUAAAACAAUUUUUUUUUAAAAACAUGUAACUUUAUGAAACGUAUGAAAUAUUUUUUUACAUGCUAGGAGAAGUACAAGAGGCUAUUUUUUUUAUCAACGCAAGGGAGAGCCACAAAGCAGCAAUUGGUUGAAAUCUGUAUGGUAAAAUCUUCAAUAUUAUCAUCCGUAGCAAUGCUUGAGGCGGCAAUACAGAAUGUAUAUAAGUACACGAAGGUGGAGCUUUACGUAAGUCCACACUCAAGGCCCACUUAUGAUCCAUUAAGAACUCUCGAUAGUUCAUGUGUUAGGGUUUCUAGCCAGAUACAAAUAUGUUUUUAGAUGUUCUUUGGAUGCAGGGCCGGCUCAACACUGCUAGGGGCCCUAGGGCAAAAAAAAAAAAUUUUACUCUCUAAAAUUUAUAUAGAGAUAAUGUUUAAAAUAUUUUUAAAAUUUAAUCAAUAAUAUUUUGUAUAUUUUGUAAUGAAAAUAAAGCUAUAUACAUAUCAAAUAAUUUUGGGCCCUUUUCAAUUUUAUUUAUUGUAUUUAUAAUUUUAUAUAUAUAUAAAAAUAUAGAUUUAUAAAAAAUUGGGCCCCUUAUUUAUCAUUACACGGGGGGACACGGACUCGGACCCGGGGCGGUCGCACCGCUUGUCCCCCCUUGUAAGCCGGCCCUGUUUGGAUGCAACCUUGACUGCCUCUAAAGCAGUCUCACCUUAAACUUAUGUAUGAAAUCUAUCGAUCUUGUUAGUUCUUGAAGACAAACUAAAAUUCUUUCCUUUAUUUAUCUUCUUGCACAAUAAAGCUUUAAUAAGCUAUUUCAAUAUCUCUAUUUCUAUCUUUCAAUAAAACUCUUAUGAGCUCAAUCUUUCUAGUUUCAUAAACAUUCACAUGGUAUCAAAGCCAGGUUAGCUAAUUAUGCAAAACUUUUUUUUUAUCAUGCAAAACUUAUAUGGAAAAUCUAUAUCAAACUUAGUUAUCCAUUAAAAAAUGUGAGUUUUUUUUAAUCAAAAGAUCACUAAGCAAAAAAAAAAGAUAAAGGGAGGAUAAAGAUAAUUGGUGCAAUUGAUUCUAUUGUAAACAUAUUCAAAGCAUGGAUUAAAGCUAAUGUUUCUUUUUAAUUUUCUAAAAACUUUUAUGGUCAAGUAGAAUUAUAUUUAUAUCCCUUACAACUUACAAAACAUAUUUCAUGACAGAAAUCAUCAAAGUACAAUUCACAUUUGUUGAUAGAGUUAAUUACCUUUUUGGUUGAUAUGACUCUCAUAACAUUAAAUAGCUUUGGAACGAUGAAGAAGAAUCCUGUUUCAUGCAACAAUGCCUGCUUUUGUGUCAACUACCAUAAACUUCAAGACCACAGAAGAUUCUGUUAAGUUUUUCUUGGGAACACUGUUGACAUUUAGAUUCAGAGUUGCAACUACCAUAAACUCUUUUUGGUUAUUACCUUCUUUAGACUAAGGCCCAUAUCGAUGCUUCAAUCGUAAAAGUUGGGGAUAAAACUAAUUUACAUAAAAAAUUGAUUUCUAAGCCCAAGCCCAAUUUGUAUCGUACUGUAUUAACAGAGGCCCAUGUGUUGUUAAGCUUUGACGAGACCUUUUUUUCUCGAGUAACUUAAAUUUUAUUAAUAUGAAAGCAUAACUAAUCUUCUAGUUCCAUAAGAGUAUUUUGGUAGAGAAGUCGUUAUGACAAACCAUUACCAAACUAAUAAAAAGUAUAAACCAUCAAGUCUUGCUUCGUAAGGUCUUCCAGUUUCAAAAAGUCAAGUCAAUAUAUAUAACUAAUCUUAUUAGCAUAUUUAUACUACAAUAAACGUGUCGUAUGCUCUCGGAUAACUUUUAAUUUUCUUAACAAUCAAUUUAAAACCUUAAUUAUAACAAUUAAUUAGCUCAACUCUUGUGAAAAUACUUCUAACUAAACCAAAAUUUAUGAUAAUGCUCUCUGUUAAAAGUUCUCAAUGUUUCAUUUCUGGCAGGUCAUAGCUAACAUAAACUGUAAGCAAUACACGUUAUUUUCUUAGUUACAAAAAAAAAAAAUACACGUUAUUUUCUUUUAAAAAUUUAUAUGUUUCUUUAAUCUCGUGGUUGAAAAUCCAAAUGCACCAGUCUGGACACACACUUUGUCCAUACAAUAUCACAUGCAUGAAUCCGCGUUUCCCACCCAGCCCCAUGAGUCCAUGACAAAAAAAUGUUAGAACUUUGAUGAUCUCCAACUGUAUUCUCAGAGCAAAAGCAAACACGAAUAAAAAUUCCCAGCCUGCAUUCUAACUAAAGACAUUAGAUUCGACCACACAUUUUAUUUUCUUUACAUCCCCAUAAACAAAUAAAAUAAAUAAUUAAAUUAUAAACUUCGAUGCGCUAAUAAAUCCUUUUUAAGUAGUGUGGAUUGUUGUUCAAAGAAAAAAAGUAGUGUGGAUUACUCUCGUUGCCACGUUAAUUAAAUGGUCUGAAGAACUUGAUUUGAUCCUCGCUUCCGUCACGUUGAUGGUUUCCCGCGUGUUAUUAAAAACUCAUAACGGCGCUAUCCACUCUGGCUUUCAUGCCGUCAAAGCUGUCUUUACCCACUCCCCUACUGCCACGUGGUAAUUUUUAUUUUGCCCACUCAAAAAUGCUACCAGAAUCUCUGAGGUUAGUGUGUUAAAUGCAACUAACUCAAAACAUACUCUGCAAUUAAGUACUACUAGAGCUUGACCCGCGCACCCGCGCAGGUGUUAGUUUUUUGAUAAAUGAAUAUUUAUUUGUAUAAGUGAUAAUAUAUAUUUUAAAAUUUACCCGUUUAAUUUUUUUUAAAUAUGACAUUUAUAAACACAAUAAUUUUAUAGUUUAUAUUGAGAAGUUUUAUUUUAUCAUGUAAACCCUUAAUUAUAUCAUCCAUUUAUUUAGAAUACGACCUGUAAAAUCACACAAAUGUAUUUUUAUUUUUUAUGGAUCAAAAUUUUAUGAUUAUAUAUAAUAAAAUUAUUGUAUAAACUGUUUUUAUGGAUCAAAAUUUUAUGAUUAUGUAUAAUGAAAUUGUUGUAUACUAUUUAUUACGUAUAUGUGGAAUUAGUAAAAUAAUUACCGUAUAAUGUAUGUAAUUACGAAAUGUAUAUAUGGAAUUAAUUAUUUUCAAAUACACAUAUAAAUACUAUACUAAAAGGGAGAUAAUCUCCACUUCUAGCCUGUCCACGUCAGCAAAAAUAAUCCUCCAAUCAAAACAUUUCAUUUUACAUGUCACCCUCGAAAUUGGUUUUAUUUUGGGUUUUUUCUUAACAAUUUAAACAGCCCAUUAAGCCCAAAAUGCCUCCCUUACGCUCCCCUCAAAUGCCGAACCUGCGUCUCUGUCCUCAACGCCUUUGCUCGCGUCGAUUUCGCCGCCAAGAUCUGGAUCUGCCCUUUCUGCUUCCAGCGGAACCCUUUCCCUCCUCACUACCACAUGAUCUCCGAGACCAAUCUCCCCGGCGAGCUUUGCCCUCUGUACACCACCGUUGAAUAUGCGCUUCCUUCCACCGCCGGCCAAGACGCCUCCUCCUGUGUUCGUGUUUGUUCUCGAUACGUGUAUGAUCGAGGAGGAGUUGGGGUUCGCUAAAUCUGCACUUAAGCAGGCGAUUGGGUUGCUUCCGGAGAAUGUUUUGGUGGGGUUUGUCUUUUGGGACGCAGGCUCAUGUUCAUGAGUUGGGAUUCUCGGAGAUGUCUAAAGUUUUUGUCUUUAAAGGGAAUAAAGAAGUGUCUAAGGAUCAGGUUUUGGAUCAGUUGGGGCUUUCCUCGAGGAGAGCUCCCACUUCUGGGUUUCCCAAAGGAGCGCAAAAUGGGUUCCAGAGUGCUGCUGGUGUCAACAGGUUCUUGCUGCAUGCCUCGGAUUGUGAAUACACACUGGACUUGUUCCUCCUCAGCUACUCUCAAUUAUGAUGGCAUGAAGAAGAUUGACUCAGUGACACUAUCUGAGUUGAAUUUUCAUGACCUUAGUUCACCACCCAAGACUGUCGAGUUCCUAUGUACUAGGGAUGUUGGCAGUAUUGAAACAGCAAAUGGAUGGUGCUGUGUCUCCUGCUCCAAGUUCUCAUCCUGCACGUGUGCGCCCUGCCAUGAUGAAAAUGCGGUUGGAGUUGCAAGGUACCGGGUAGAGAUGUUAGUUACUGAUGUAUCUGACACUGCCAUGUUGACCAGUGGUCCUGCUGUAGCAGCAUCCAUGAUAACAUAGCUGAAACCUGAACAAGUUGACCAGUGGUCCUGCUGUAGCAGCAUCCAUGAUAACAUAGCUGAAACCUGAACAAGUUGACCAGUGGUCUUGCUGCAGCAGUUUCAGCGUCCAUGGUAACAUAGCUGAUACCGUAAGUGUUGAGUUAUUGUUUCUUAAUUUAAAACCUCCUCCUCUGUAAUGUCUUUCAUCAUAUAAAGUCCUGAGAGCCUAGGAGGGCAGACCCACAUAACUAGCCCCUUCCACAAUGCUUCAUAGAUAUUGUGGGGAGGACCAUUACAUUCCAGCUUAAGCUUUCACAUUAAAAAUUCACAUCAAAGCAUCAGUCUUUCACCAUAGCUCGCAUAUUUGAUCCAGGUGGACAGAUUGGUGUUCCUGUUAAUAGCCCAUAAGUGCGUAACAAUGGCAUUGUUGUAGGCCAUCGUGGAGAGGUUCCACAAUUGAGUGAUCUCCCGGUUGUGACUGACCCAACUUCUGAGGAGUCUCAAGCUGAUGAAGAUGGACGUUGGGCAUGCAUUGUUAAACUUGCGAGCUGACGUGUACAUGUCAUUGUUGUCUACUUCAGACGUAUCUCAACUAUCAAGUUUUUCUUAAAUUUCAUUUUCGACAUUAAUAAGUCAUACUUGAAUGCAUUGUCCUGUUUUAAAAGAUGAAUUUGUUUGUUUAAAAUUUACUUACCCAACAAGUAGUCUAUGCAUAUUUACUUUUAAAAUGUUUCUGAAUGGAAUAAAAUUAGUGCUUAUCAUAUCUGAGAUUAGCUCAAGAAUUUUUUUUUAAAAUUAAAAUUUAAAAUUUACAUUAUUUUCAUUUGCUAUUCUUUCAUCUUAUUGUUCUUAUUUUGAUAGUUUUAUUAUACAGACUAUAGAGUUUAGAAACUAAAUAUACAAAUAAAACAAAGAGAAAAAGAGACCACAAGGUUUGAAACCAAGAAAAAAUAUUUUUUUUUAAUGUGUGGAAUUUGUUAGUUUAAGUGUUAAAGUAAGUAUCAUCAACAAAAUAUUACAUUAAUCAUAAAUAUUUAACUAAAGAGCCGCUAUCCAACAGCCUGUAAAUAUUUUUUUAUUAACAUAAACCAAAUCGCAACCACUAAACCCCACGGUGUUAGACCAAAAUAUUAAUAGUAUCGUAAGCAACGACAAAAACAAUGAUAUUCAAAACUCAGUUGUACAAUAAGUUCCGCACUAACUACACUGUUUGAUAAAAAGUACAUACAUGGUGGUAUAAUAACAGUUUCAGGAUGGUCACAUCAAAUGAAAGCCAAACGAACUAGGGAGUAGGCCUCCACGUUAAAAACACUCGGAUACCCAAAACUCACUGCUAUUCGUAACGUAAGCAUGCCCCUACACUUCUCUCACUCUCGCACGUACCAUUACUCAUUAAAAGUUAAAAAAAGAGUUUCCAUCAAGUUAAAGCUCCUCCUCCAGCAAUGGUGAAGAAGACACCCGAUGAAACAAGAACAUAAUAGCGAAGAAUAAGUAACCAAUGAAUAGAGUGAAACGAUCGUUCCUUAACAACUACUCUCUAUCACACAUCGGUAAAGAAUGCAUCUGUCAAUCCAAAAUUCAUAUCACAUUCAUCCUUAACAACUACUCUCUAUCAUUCUCUUUCAACAUAUGUGCAUCUUCAUUUAUUUGAAAAUAUUUUAUUUACUAAAAUCAUAAAAUUGAUUCAAAUUCAUCAAAAAAUAAAAUAUACAAAUCCGGCGCGUAGCGCCGGAAUACCACUAGUGUAUAAUAAAAAGGAAAAGACAAAAAAUAUUAAAAGUUAGGUUUAUUAAUUAUUAUUGCCAUGAUUUUUUAGUUAGAAUUUGAUUUUAGAAAUACAUUAAUUGAAGAGAAAAGACAAAAAUCCUAAAAGAUAGGUUAAUUAAUAACUUCAGUGGCAUGCCAUUGUAAAUAUAGUGGAAAACUAAGGGAUAAUCUAAUUUUGUACUCCUAUUUUAAUAGAUUAGAUAUCUUACAUUAUCAGUUAAAUUAAUGCAAAUGAAUAACUCUCAACAUGCAGCUGUUGGCAACAUUAGGUUCUGCAUUGCAUUGGACGCAAUACCAUCCUAGUUUAGGGAUAGUAUAUUACUAGUAUAUACCUUUUUUUUUUGAAGAUAUGACUUUGAAUAAAGGAUAUACAUCCCAGUUGUACUUCUUUAUCUUAAUAUAAGUAAUAGUUGUCCUUAGUAUGAUUCACGCAAGUAUUCUUAAAACUCAGACUAAGUGACUUAUGUUAUACUAAUAUUCGAGCAUCUUGAGCUUCCAACAACUGCUGUAACAAAGAAAACAUAUAGUAGUAAUCUAAGUGAAAGAUAAGCUAAAAGUAUUGUCGCUUAAUAACUGGAGAAGAAGAAAUCAAGAAACAAAGAAUAAAUAAUGUCGUCUCAGACUUUGGCAGCCAAGAACCCCAUGCCAAAGUCACAUACACACACUUCUCCAUAUAUACCCAAAACACACACACAUUUAAAUGCAUUUGUACACUAUUAUCUAUAUAUAUAAGCUUCUUAUGAGCCAUUUCAUAAACAACUCAAACCUCUUAGAUCAUAUCUUCCACUCUCUAAUCUCAUAACUACUCUGUUUUUAUUUGCUCUGUUCCAAUGAACAUUGCUUGGACAAGAGGACCAACCAUCGGCCGUGGCUCCACCGCCACCGUCUCAAUAGCAACUUCAAACACCGGUGAGAUCUUCGCCGUCAAAUCCGCCGACUUCUUGUCUUCAUCAGCGUUCUUGCAAAGAGAGCAAUCCAUAUUGUCUACAUUGAGCUCUCCUCACAUAGUCAAGUACAUAGGCUCCUGUUUAACGUGCGAGAAGGACCGACUUGUCUACAACAUCCUUAUGGAGUACGUUUCCGGCGGGAGUCUUCACGGUUUAAUCAAGAACUCAGGCGGGAAGUUGCCGGAGCCGGCGAUCAGAUCACACACGCGUCAGAUUCUCAAGGGUCUGAAGUAUCUUCACGAGAGAGGGAUCGUUCACUGCGACUUGAAGAGCCAGAACGUGCUGGUUGGAGAAAACGGCGUCGUUUCAAAGAUAGCUGAUUUGGGUUGUGCUAAACCGGUUUUUAACUCGGGAUUUUCCGGUACGCCGGCGUUUAUGGCGCCGGAGGUUGCUCGUGGUGAAGAACAGAGGUUUCCUGCUGAUGUGUGGACUUUGGGGUGUACGGUGAUCGAGAUGGUGACUGGAUCAAGCCCUUGGCCGGAGCUAAACGACGCCGUUGCGAGGAUGUAUAAGAUUGGAUACUCAGGUGAGUCGCCGGAGAUUCCCGAGGGGACAUCGGAGAAAGGUAGGGACUUUGUGAUGAGGUGUUUGAGGGUUGAUCCGAAACAGAGAUGGACGGUGGAAGAGCUCCUUAAACACCCUUUUCUCGACGACGACGAGGAAGACGAAGAGUCUCAAUGUAUCGAUUACUUGCGGAGCACGUCUUCUCCGAGCACUGUGUUGGAUCAACGGUUUUGGAAUUCAUGCGAAGACUCGGAAACAGAAGACCCUUUUGCUGAUUACUCGGAGUCGUGGCGUUCGCCGGCUGAUCGGAUUGAGCAACUCGCCGGAGAUGAAGUUACAAGUGUUCCUAGUUGGGAUACGGUAGACGACGGCGAGUGGAUUCAAGUGAGGGGAGAUGUUAUCGGAGAAGCCGAGAAACGCGUUAGCUACGGCGGUGAAGACAUCAUUUGCGUCGAGGCAACGUCAUCUAUGCAAGUGAUUGAAGAUUGGAUAUGGGAUCAAGAGAGCUUGUUGUCGGAAUAUUCCUCUGACGACGUCAUUUCUAGUCUUUACUCCAAUGCUGCAAUUCAAGGAAAUUUAAUUGUUUAUAAUCUUGGAGAUAAAAAUGUACCAAUAAAUAAAAUGUUUCGUAAUUAUAAUGAGGAUAAGAAAACAUUUAUCUGUCAAAUUGCAUUGAACAAUGUCCUAACAAAAACAAAUCAAACUAAUAUGGACCUUCGGUCUAUGUUUCUUUUAACAGUUGUAAUCGUUAUUGUUUCAGUUUCUUUUUGGGUUAAAAUACUAUUUAAAAGUUGGUAACAUAAGUCUUUGUGUUCUUGUUGGAUAUUAAGUAAAGAGACAACUCUACAAUUAGGUAUGAAACUGACUAUGGUCUAUAGAAGAAGUCAAUAUGUAAUUUGGUCAAUUUAUCUAGUAUUUGGUAAUAUAUUCAACUAUAUAAGUCUGAUUCGGAUAUAUUCGGAUAUCUGUAACAUUUUGGUUCGGAUCGGAUUUGAUUCCGGUUCUUUAAAUACUCAGAUUUUGAUUCGAUUCAGAUAUUUAAUCAAUUUCGGUUCGAGUUUGGUACUAUUUUUUUGGAUCGGAUUGGUUUUUCAGAUUCAGAUUUUUUUUUUUCCCAGCCCUAGAUGUACUUGCGUUCACUCACAGCCUUUGCGUUACUACAAUCAUGUCAAAAUACAAAAUCAACAAAAGAAGUAAAUCCCAUAAAGAAGCAAAACUCAAAACUUGGAUGUUUUAAGCACAAGCAAAGAAAACACCUCAACGACUACGUUCUCUGAAAGUGCGCUCAUGGAGUCUGCUUUGUUGCAGCUAGAAUCUGCAUUUCUGUGUGCAGAAAACUCCAGAGAACUGAAAAAAUUCA